CGCAAUGUCAGAUAAUGCAAUUAUAACAGAGUAGUAGUAGAAAAGGAAGUUUUGGCUUCUUGGGACGCAACUUCUGAGGACUAUUCAAGCAAUUAGUCAACAGAAAACCGAGUCAAGAUCAAGACUCAAAAGGGCACACGCAUAACUGGUUCCAACCUAUAAUUCACUUGAGUCUAGUUUCCUUUAUCCCUCUUCUAACUCCAUUCUUUGUUGAAUCAUUAAUGAAUAUAAUUUUGUAUCAUCACAUUCUAUUAUUAUUUCAUUUAUUUUUUUUCUUAUUUCCCUUUUUCUUUCAACUAUUUUUUUCUGGGAAUUCUGCCAAAACUGGAAGUCUCAGGUUAGUUCUGUAUUUCUCUGGUAUCUGAAGAAAUUUUGAGCGCAUGACACACACACACACACAUAUAUUAUUAUAUUGAAGUUAUUGGAUUCACAUGUUAGAGGAAAAAUCUACAUUCAUUUGGUUUGCUGAGUUGAGCCUUUGAUUUUGUUGUUCAAUUCAAAGAGGAGUGUCCAGUGUCCAUUCGAGGGAGGAUUUCUUAUCUUCUUUUUUAUUUUGGUUCAUGUUUCUUAAUUUGGAUUUUUUAACCAUACAAACACAAAAUUGUUAUUGAUUUUUAUGCUUGGAAUGGCCGUUGACCAUUUGUCAGUAUUAUUCUUUUCUGUUAUGGUCAAAAUUAUUUUUCUUACUUUAGGACUUACUAUGGUGAGUUCUGUUCCUUCAGCUUAUCCCGCACAACCGUUUGUCUCAAUUGAGAAUGUUUCUCGGCUGUACGAUGUAUGUUUCACUCACACAAGGGUCCAGGCAGUUCUGAAAUCGAGCUUUGGAUCUGAAGUGAAAAUUUAUGCAAUUAUGUUUAUGUUGUGAUGCAAGUGUAAGAAGAAUUGGUUAGGUAUUAUAUGUAAAUUUCAUCACUGUUUUGGUCAAUGAGUCUUGGCUUUCGAAACCUGAGGGUAUGAGAUGGAAAACGAGUUAUUAACUCGUGCCUCACUUGCCCCAACAUCGGAGUUACUUUCUCGGACCAUACUUGCUGUUUUUGAAACUGUGAAAGCAGCCAAUGAGGUUGUCAUUCACAAGGAAAAUUUUAAGAGAUUCGCUAUUCAUUUGGAGAAUGUUUCAUUUAUAUUGAAGUCUUUGUCAAAGGAAGGCAUACACAACGGCUGGAGCUUGCAAAAGGCUAUGGCUGGUCUCAACCGAGAGGUUGAAGUUGCUAAGCAGCUUUCUGUUGAGUGCAACAGUAGAAGUAAGGUUUAUCUUUUAAUCAAUUCAAGAAAGAUUGUUACCCGCUUGAAUUGUUGUACCAAGGAUAUAGGUCGUGCCAUAACUCUUAUCCCUUUGGCCUCUUUAAACAUUAGCUCUGGUUUAAAUCAACAGAUAAGUGAAUUGUGUCAAAAAAUGUUAGAUGCUGAGUAUCAAACUGCUGCAAUAGAUGAGGAGAUUUUGAAGAAAGUUGAGACAGCAAUACAAGAGGGAAAUGUUGAUCGGUCCUAUGCGACUCAGUUGCUAGCUGGCACUGCACGUGCCAUUGGGGUCCCCGUGGAGCAUGGUGCUUUGAAAAGAGAAUUCGAAGAUCUGAAAAAUGAAAUGGAAAAUGCCAAGUCAAGGAUGGACAUGUCAGAAGCUCUACACAUGGAGCAGAUUAUUGCAGUACUUGGAAAGGCAGAUUUUAUAACUUCAGCACAAGAGAAGGAAAGUAAGUAUUUUGAGAAGAGAAAUUCCUUGGGAGAGAGACCAUUGAGAGCUCUGCAUUCCUUUUACUGCCCAAUCUCUCAUGAAAUCAUGGUGGACCCUGUGGAGACUUCCUCUGGGAAGACAUUUGAGAGAAGUGAAAUAGAGAAAUGGUUUGCUGAAGGGAACAAUCUCUGUCCCUUGACCAGGUUGCCUCUGGAUACUAGAAUCCUGAGGCCAAAUAAAACUCUUAAAAUGUCUAUUCAAGAAUGGAAGGAUAGAAACACUAUGAUUACCAUUUCUACCAUCAAAUCCGAACUUGAAACGAAUGAUGAAGAGGAAGUGAUUCGGUCCUUAGACAAAUUACAGGACCUGUGCUUAGAAAGAGAGGUGCACCGGGAAUGGUUACAAAUUGAGAAUUACAUUACUGUUCUCAUUGGACUUCUUAGUUCUAAAAAUCGUGAAAUAAGGAAGCGUGUUCUACUCAUCCUGUCUAUGCUUGUAAUGGAUAAUGCGCAGAACAAGGAUGAUAUUGCUAUAGUGGAUAAUGGACUAGGAUUGAUUGUUCGCUCACUUUCACGACAAGUUGAGGAGCGCAAGUUGGCAUUGGAGUUGCUGUUGGAGCUAUCUAAAAGUAAAACGUUGUGCAGUCUCAUAGGAAACAUUCAAGGAAGCAUACUUCUGCUGGUAACAAUGUUAAAUAGUGAUGAUGUCGAAGCAGCCAAAAAUGCACAUGAGCUGCUGGAGAACCUCUCUUUCCUUGAUCAGAAUGUUAUAGAGAUGGCCAAGGCAAAUUAUCUUAAGCCUUUACUGCUGAAACUUUCUACAGGACCAGAAAAUGUGAAAAGAGUCAUGGCUGAAACUUUGUCAGAAAUUACAUUAAUAGACCAGAAUAAAUUGUCUUUGGUCAAAGAUGGGGCAUUGCAACCUCUUCUUCAGCUGCUCUUAAAUGAUGAUUUGGAAAUCAAGAAGGUGUCUGUCAAAGCUUUACUACAGCUCUCAAGCAUGCCAGAGAAUUGCCUGCAGAUGAUUAAGGAAGGUGUUGCUCAACCACUGUUGGAACUGCUAUACUGUCACAGUUUACAGUCACCUACUCUGCUUGAACAGGUUGUUGCCACAAUAAUGCAUCUUGCGAUGUCAACAACUCACCAACAAGCUGAAGCAGAACAGCUUUCGUUCUUAGAUUCCGAUGAAGAUGUGUACAAAUUCUUCUCUCUAAUUUCUUUGACAGACCAUGAGAUACAAAACAAGAUUCUCAAAGCUUUGCAGGCUCUGAGCCAAUCUUUCUAUGGCUUCCGCAUCAGAAAGCGGUUGAGACAGAUAUCGGCCGCUAAAUUAUUGGUAAACUUAUUGGAGACUAAUACUCAAAAAGUGCGGGUCAAUGCCUUGAAGCUUUUCUAUUGCUUGACAGAAGACUAUGAUUAUGGCAACAUCUCACCACAUAUAACUGAAAGAUUCAUUGAAGUCUUGCUUGCCAUCAUUGAGGCUUCUGAUGACGCAGAGGAGAUGAUUACUGUAAUGGGUAUCAUUUCUAAACUACCGCAGGAGUCUCAGAUGACCCAGUGGCUUCUAGAUUCUGGGGCACUUAAAACUAUUUUGACUUGUCUUACCGAUCAACAUAGCCAUGCCUCAGACAAAAUCAUAGAGAACUCUGUUCAAGCUCUUUGUCGUUUCACUGUCUCGUCGAAUCUGGAGUGGCAGAAGAGUGUGGCUUUAGAAGGCAUAAUCCCAGUACUGGUGCAACAACUGCUUUCUGGAACACCCUUUACAAAACGAAAUGCAGCCAUUUCGAUCAAACAGUUUUCGGAAAGUUCCUAUCGCUUGAGCGAGCGGAUAAAGAAGCCAGGUAUUUACAAAUGCUGCUUUGUAGCCCGAGAAACUGGUUGCCCAGCACACUUAGGCACCUGCUCAAUCGAGAAUUCAUUCUGCAUUCUGCAAGCUAAUGCCUUGGAGCCCCUUGUGCGCUUGCUUAGUGACACGGAUGUUAGAACCUGCGAAGCUUCCUUAGAUGCGAUACUAACUUUGGUUGAUAGUGAAGCACCGCAGAGUGGAAGUAAGGUACUUGCAAAUUCAAAUGCCAUUGCACCGAUGUUACAAUUAUUGAGUGUUGAAGCUCCCAGGUUGCAGGAAAAAAUUCUAAUAGCUUUAGAACGAAUUUUUCAACUAGAUGAAGUGAGAAAUAAGUACAAAGCUAUGGCUACAAUGGCCUUGGUAGGCAUAACUCAAGGGAAAGAUAGCCUUUUGAAAAGUCUUGCUGGUAGAGGCCUUGCUCAAUUGGAUAUACUUGAUAAACAGUCUUCUUAUUUUUAGAAAACUGUCUCGCAGUCGUUUGGUUACUUGUAUCAUUUAAGGCACAGUAAUCAAAAACAAAAAUUUUACACAAGCAAAGUUCAUGUUUUAAA